CUACGGUUCUAUACUUCUACCCAUCAUUCAACACGAUCGACGCUCAUUUCAAACUGGAAUUGGGCAUCUAUUUGGAGGAUGAUGAUCUAUGCAUUUUUGUUGCUUAUCUUUGGAGUAUCUGGAAGCUCUGGAAUGACAAAGUUUGGAAGAACCAGGACGCGGAUUGGCGACAUUGUUUAGAGAUGGGAGCGGCGGUUCUUCGGGGAUGGAAAACUGCUCAGAUAGAACCCGGUGGAACGACAAAGAUGACAUGCCCGGCGACUGGUUGGAACAAGCCAGCGGAAGGCAAAAUCAAAAUCAAUGUGGAUGCGGCGUUAGAUGCACAAAAUAAUAGACGAGCUUGGGCGUGGGUAGUCAGGGAUUCCCAGGGCAGAUUUAUUGGUAGUGGCUGGAAUGUGGAAGGCGUUAAUUGGUCAACAUAGAUCACUGAAGCAAUUGGCGUACGUGAAGCGCUGGUCUAGGCAAAAACACAGAGUUGGGGGAAGGAUAGAGCUAGAGACCGACUCCCAAGUGGUAGCGGCUGGUUUAGUUAAACGAGAUGGGGACGC